CUUUGUGGUGCCAUUGACGUCAUGUGAAAUGGUCGAUCGGCUUCAGGGAGUGUUGCGAAUAUUUUCAUUGUAAUUCACACUUUUAGAUGUGCUUCGUGCGUGUGUGCAAAGGAUCAGAUGAAGGGGACAGAACCGGAAACCGGGAGCUAUUACAUGUUCAGAUUACUCCAGAGUUACUCUUCAGUUGGCUUUAGGAUCUCCGCCCGACUUUUUCCGAAACAACUCGAGCUCUUUGCCGCGGAACCAGCACAUAGGUGCCGCUGACGGAACUGUUCGUUGGAAAACAACAUUUCUACAAGUUCGUACUUGAUCGAAACGUAGCUGCAGCAACUCGAUGCGUGUUGGGAACCGGCCCCUGCGCUCUCAGCUCAAGCUAAUGGUGAUUCCUCAACAACAACAACAAUUGAGUUGGUUUUAUUUAAAGGCCAUUAAGACAGGAUUUCCUCGUUGUGUUUAGGAUGCAAGAAGACAAACAAGGAACCAGGAAGAUAGGAGCUUUUACCGUGUCAUGACGUUGUGGUCUUCUCUUUGCUGACUGCAAAGUCCCCCGAUAGCCCGCUGCAGUAAACUGUCUUCUCAUUGGUGGAAGGCGGCUGUCCACCAACAUGCAGCUGACCUAUCAGAAGCUGCUCGCUCAGGCGAGGCGGCGUUUGCGACCCCGACGCCUGGCGGUGGCUCUGCUAACAGCCUACGCCAUCAAAAAGCUGUUGCCGUAUGUCCGUAGGCGGAACCAGGGCGGGGCUAAACUUCCUGUUGGCACGGUGAAUGACUCCACCACUGCAAAUGUGGACAAACUGAAGGGGAGCGACAACAGAUCUCCAUCAAUGAACAGGGAGUUCAUUGUGCGACUUGCUCGGCUAUUGAAGUUGUUAUUUCCACGGUUACUGUGUCCUGAGGUGGCUGUGCUCGUCCUGCAUUCGCUCACUCUCAUAUCCAGAACCUUCUUGUCCAUCUAUGUCGCCACUCUGGAUGGCAUAAUCGUCAAAAGCAUCGUGAAGAAGGACCCGCAUGCCUUCUUAUUGCAGCUCCUCAAGUGGCUCCUUGUAGCUGUUCCUGCAACUUUCAUCAACAGCGCCAUCAGGUUCCUGGAAGGUCAACUGACCCUUCGCUUCCGGAGUCGGCUGGUCAACCACGCAUACCAACUUUACUUUAGCAACCAGACGUACUACCGAGUCAGCAACAUGGACGCCCGACUGUCGAAUCCGGACCAGUCUCUGACGGAAGACAUCGUCAUGUUCUGCGCCUCGGUGGCCCACCUUUACUCCAACCUGACCAAGCCCAUUCUGGACGUGGCCGUCACUGGCUACACACUUCUGCGCACCGCUCACUCCAAAGGAGCCAAUACCACCUGGCCCUCAGUUAUUGCUGGCCUUGUAGUGGUACUCACAGCCAAAGUGCUGCGCUCGUGUUCACCUCACUUUGGGAAGCUGGUCGCUGAGGAAGCGCGGCGCAAGGGUGACCUGAGGCACAUGCACUCACGCAUCAUUGCCAACUCUGAAGAGAUUGCCUUCUAUGGAGGACACCAGUUAGAGAUGGCCCAGCUGCAGAAGAGCUACAAGGCAUUGUCCCAUCAGAUCCACCACAUCCUGGUCAAGCGUCUGUGGUAUGUCAUGCUGGAACAGUUCCUAAUGAAGUACAUGUGGAGCGCCUCAGGCCUACUCAUGGUCGCCGUACCCAUCGUCACUGCCACUGGAUACGCCGAACAUGACUCUGAUGAGGUGAAGCAAGCAGCCAUGGUGAUGAAGGAGGAGGAGCUCGUGAGUGAAAGGACGCAAGCUUUCACCACUGCCAGAAACUUGCUUAAUGCUGGGGCUGAUGCCGUGGAAAGGAUUAUGAGCUCCUACAAGGAGGUCACAGAGCUGGCUGGCUACACUGCUCGUGUCUCAGAGAUGUUGGAUGUCUUUGAGGACGUCAAAGAAGGAAUCUACCAGCGCUCCUCAGAGAGAGACCAAGCGGGCCACAGAGUCUGUAACCAUCUGGAGAAGCGAGGUCAGGUGGUCAGUGUGGAUAAGGGUAUUCGAUGUGAAAACCUGCCCAUCAUCACCCCGACAGGAGACGUGGUUGUGUCCAGCCUCAACAUUCAGGUGGACGAGGGCAUGGAUGUGUUGAUCACGGGACCUAACGGAUGCGGCAAAAGUUCUUUGUUCAGGAUUCUCAGCGGGCUGUGGCCAGUUUAUGGAGGUGUUCUUUCACGACCAGAACCAGAACACAUGUUCUACAUACCACAGAGGUAUGCGCACUAGCACUUCUUGUGUGCGUAUU